AAUGGGUGCAGAAUAAUCUGUGGCACAAGGAAUUGUUUAAUCAAAGAAUUUUACAAUAUUGGGUUAUAAAGAAAAUGAAAUUUAUGGAUCCUUCAAAUUAAUUGAAUCAUAAUCAAAAUAAUAUGCUAUGGUUUCUAAGACUUGUUAAUGUUAUGAAGAGUAUACUAAUUUAUCUAAGAUACUCAAUGAAACUAAAUCACUGAAUGAAAUUGAUAAUUUAGUAAAGUUAGUAGAAGUUGAUACUCAAGAAGAAACCAAUUUAUGUAGUACAUAUUAUAAAGUUACUGCCUUAUAUGAAUAUUAUGAUAUUACAUUAAGACAAAUCUCUAAAUAAGCAUCAAUUAAUUGUUUAUUUGUUUUAAAGAGUCUUGCAGAGAUACUGAGUAAAUUAUAUGGACACAACAUAGUGCAUGGAAAUUUAACUCCAGAUUAAGUGUUAAUUGAGAAAAUAUAGGGAGAGGUAAAAUUGAAUAAUAGUACUUAAUUAACUGGAUAUAAUCAUUACAAAAGAAUUUUGUCUGGUGAUAGUUUAUGGUAUUUAUCACCAGAAUUGAUUAAUGCAUUAGGUAAGAAAGAACUCAGACCUUAAUAUAAUCAUGAGAAGAAUGAAGUAUAUCAAUUAGGAUUGAUAGCUUUGGAAUUUUGGGGAAAUGGUAAUAUUCAAGAAAUAUAUGAUAAAUAGAAUUAUAAAAUAAAUGAAGGUAAAUAAAAUAAAAAUAAUUUAUAGAUGUAAUAUAAUCAAUUAUAGAAGAAUUUGGAGUUAGAAAUGGAUAUGUGUUGAAAAAUGUCAUAAAGUAAAUGUUAUAGGCAGAUCCUAAUAUUAGACCAACUAUGAGUGAAUUGAGUUAAUAAUUUACUUAAUUAUUUGUGAUUCAAUAAUAAGUUGAUGAGCCAAAAGUUGAAUAAUAUGAAGAAAAAGAGAAUUAAUAUGAAUAGACUACAAAUUUAUAGGAAAUGAACAAAGAAUUAAUUGAAGUUCAAGAUGAAGUUUUAUAAAUUCACAAAGAAUCAUUCUAAUAUUUAGAAGAAUGUAAGAAGAAUAUUCAAAAUGAGAAUUAACCUUAAGAUUAAUUUGAAGAAUCUCCAAAGAAAUUAGAAAAGUAAAAUUGUGAAUUUAAUACUUAAUCUGUAAAGUAAUCAGUAAAUCAAUCUUUAAAAGAAUAUUAUGUAACAGGAUCAAUAGCUGCUUAAUUUGGAUAAUUAAAUUUACUUGAAAGUAAUGAUGAGUAUAAAUGUAUUGGAAUCACUCAAUUAUAAGAGAAUGGUGAUAUAUUAUAAGAAAAAUCAUAAAAUCAUCCUACUUCACCUAAAGGUUAAGAUUCUAUUAAACCUAAAAAGAGUGUAAAAGUUAAUACAGCUUCAGCUAACAAGAAAGCAGUAUCAAUAAAGAGACCUAAACAUGAAAUUAUGGAUACUAAAUUACCUAAGUAGGCUGUGGUUGUGAGUAAGAAAAGAUGA